CGUGCCGAGGCCGCAAAGCUCCGGUGCUCCGAUGCUCCGAUGCGCUUCUUCAAAUGACAUCAGUCCGCGUCUAUCUUUUGCCUUGGGUAUCAAUCAAGAAUACCCGCGGGCUAGCUAGCUCGAGAGCUGUCCGGAUUCCUAUAAGGUCGCAGCUGGAAGGCGCGUCAUGCUCCCAACGGGCCGUUCUCUCAUUCAACAUGCCCGCACGCGCCGUGAUGCCGCUCCUCUCGCGGGGCACCGUUGCCUCGUCUCGACAGACCCUUCUAGCCUCUCGAUCCUGCAAGGAUCGCACCAGGUCGUGGGUGACUCGUCGAUCGUUAUCGUCCCUGCCAAAUCUACCUCUCUUCCGUGCCUUGCAGAACCAUGAUCAAUCCAACCUGGCGGUCGUGCACAGCUCGUCUGCUCGUUCCUUUACCUACGGCAAUUUGGUUGCGGAUGUGCUGCAAGCGAAGGAACGACUGGUGGGAACCGACCAGCAUGGCUUGUCGGGGGAGAGAGUGGCGUUUCUGGCGGAGAAUAGCUACGACUACGUAGUGACGCUCCUGUCCAUCCUUGCGAGCGAUGCGAUUGCCCUUCCCCUCUCCCCGGCUUUCCCGAUCGGCGAAUUGAAGUACAUCAUGGACAAUUCUCAGGCAAAGGUGCUAGUUGCCACGGAGAAGUAUGCGGGGAAAGCGCAGGAUCUUCUCAAGGCGGGGCUGGAAAGAGAGCCUGUGUUUGAUGUCAAGGAGAAGAUCAAGGUCGGCGCGAGCAAUUCUGGUUCUGUGUCGUUGGAGGACCUGACGAAGACGUCCCGCGGUGGAAUGAUGCUCUAUACGUCCGGCACUACGAAUAGACCGAAAGGCGUCCUGAUUCCCCAGUCGGCGUUGACAGCGCAAGCCGCAUCUCUCCUCGAGGCGUGGAGAUACACUCCAGAGGACCGACUACUCCAUCUCCUUCCCCUGCACCACAUCCACGGUACUGUGAACGCCAUCGUAACCCCAAUUCUCGCUGGAUCAUCGAUUGAAUUCAUGUUCCCCUUCAACACCGACGCCGUGUGGAAGCGCCUCGCAGCCCCCUUCCUACCCAGCCCUCCAACAGCAGGAGCAAACAGCAAAAUCACCUUCCUCACCGCCGUCCCAACUAUCUACAACCGCCUCCUCUCCUCCUUUCCCACCCUCCCCUCCGAAACCCAAGAGGCCGCACGGAAAGGCAUCUCACCCGAGAACAUGCGUCUGAACAUCUCCGGCUCCGCCGCCCUUCCCACGCCCAUCAAGCAGGCCUGGAAGGACCUCAGCAACGGAAACGUACUGCUCGAACGAUACGGCAUGACCGAGGUCGGAAUGGCAAUCAGCUGUGGCCUCGACUUCGCGGACCGCGUCGAUGGCAGCGUCGGCUGGCCGCUCCCGUCCGUCGAGGCCCGACUAGUCGACACGGAGACCAACGAAGUCAUCCAGCCCGGCGAAGAGCGCGACGCGAACGGCCGAGAACGGGAAGGCGAGAUCCAACUUCGCGGGCCCACCAUCUUCCAGGAGUACUGGGCUAACGCGAAGGCGACGAAUGAGUCUUUCGGCGCGGACAAGGACGGGAAAGGUGAUUGGUUCAAGACGGGGGAUGUCGCUACCCGUCGUGUCGUCCCCGAUGCGGGUAAAGGAACGACGAGUGGGGAAUGGGCUCAGGGGCCGAUGUACUUCAUCCAGGGCCGUCUGAGUGUUGAUAUUAUCAAGACUGGGGGGGAGAAAGUUAGUGCGUUGGAGGUGGAGAGGGAGCUUCUUUCACUACCCCAAAUCGCCGAAGCCGCCGUCGUCGGUCUUCCCUCAGAGCAAUGGGGCCAGAAGGUUGCCGCCAUCGUCGUCCUCAAACCUGAUAUGGUGAAUACCGGACGCAACGGGAAAGCGUGGGGUCCGUUGGACAUGCGACGGGCCCUGAAGGACCGACUGGCGAGUUACAAAAUGCCGCAGGAAAUGAAGGUGCUGGAUGGAGUAAUUCCGAGGAAUGCAAUGGGGAAGGUUAAUAAGAAGACGCUGGUGAAGGAGGUUUUUGGGAUUUAGACUAGGAUGGUGGGAGUGGGCUGUAUGAUAUAUGGGGAAAGGGGUCGACGUGUGUAUGAUAUUGAUUGGAUUCGAUUAUAUUGACUGGCGGCACUUGUCGCUUAUACAUACCACGACAGCAGACAGCAAGUUAUUUGCACCCAC